UGCAUUAUUUGGUUAACACAGUCAUUGGCAUGAUAGCCACACAAAAACAAUCUUUUCGUUUUGGGUAAAACCCACACAAAAGAUGUUGCCAACCCUAUAAAACUCUGCAUUUAUGAGAGUGCAAAUACAUACACAAAAUACACAAAACAAAUAUUUAGAGUAGAGAUGGGUUCCAAGGAAGCAGUAGCCAACAGCAAGCCUCAUGUUGUUUGCAUUCCUGUUCCAGUUCAAAGCCAUGUAAAGGGGAUGCUUAAGUUUGCAAAACUCCUCCACCACAGAGGUUUCCAUAUCACCUUUGUCAACACCGAGUACAUUCACAAGCGCUUCCUCAAGUCUCUUGGACCCAACUCCCUCGAAGGCUUGCCUAAUUUUCGAUUUGAAACCAUACCAGACGGCAUUCCAAGCUCAGAAGACACCACUCAAUACAUUCGUUUGCUUGGUGAGUCAGUCAGGAAUAAUUUACCGGCUCCAUUUCGUGACCUCCUCAUGAAACUCAAUGGCACGGCCAAUAUUCCUCCGGUGUCUCACAUCGUUUCGGAUGGUUGGAUGAGCUUCACCAUCACAGCAGCGGAAGAAAUUGGAAUCCCUGUGGUACUCUUCUUCACUUUGUCUGCAAGCGGCGUCAUGGGAUUUAAACAGUAUCCGACUUUGCUGGAAAAGGGACUAGCUCCACUCAAAGAUGAAACCUGGUUAACAAAUGGCUUUCUUGACAAUGUCAUAGAUUGGGUUCCAGCUAUGAAAGGUAUCAGGUUAAGGGAUCUCCCAAACAACUUUAUUACCACAGACCCCGCCGAAGCAUCUUGGAUCUUCUGCUUGGAAGCAAUCCAAAGAUUUGGUAAAGGUUCAGCAAUUGUUCUUCAUAGUUUUGAUGCAUUGGAGAAAGAAGUGUUGGAUGCUCUCUCGUCCAUGUUUCCACUUGUUUAUGCAAUUGGCCCUCUCCAGUUACUUCUUAACCAGAUACCGGAGCACCCUUUGAAGGCUAUGGGAUAUAGUCUGUGGAAAGAAGAAACUGAGUGGCUCAAAUGGCUAAAUUCUAAAGAACCAAACUCCGUUGUUUAUGUCAAUUUUGGUAGUUUAGCGGUCUUAACACCAGAACAACUUGUGGAGUUUGGUUGGGGACUGGCAAACAGCAAGCUUCCCUUCUUUUGGGUAAUUAGGCCUGAUCUGGUUGUUGGUAAAUCGGCGAUUUUUCCACCCGAGUUUGAGGCUGAAACAAAGGAAAGAGGCCUUAUAGCAAGUUGGUGCCCACAAGAGCAAGUCCUUGAGCACUCAUCAGUUGGAGGAUUUUUAACACAUUGUGGUUGGAAUUCAACCAUUGAGAGUCUAUGUGCAGGUGUGCCUAUGUUGUGUUGGCCAUGCUCUAGUGACCAGCCAACAAACUGUUACUAUACUUGUAAUGAAUGGGGUAUUGGCAUGGAGAUUUGUAAUGAUGUUAAGAGAGAACAUGUGGAGAAGCUUGUUAAAGAGUUAAUGGGGGGAGAGAAAGGUAAGCAAAUGAAAAACAAGGUCAUGGAAUGGAAGAAACUGGCAGAAGAAGCCGCUAGUCCACAUGGUUCUUCAUCUGCAAAUUUAGACAACUUUGUGAAUCAAGUGCUAUUAAGGAAAAGCUAGAUGUUACAUGUGUAUGGAAUGUCUUUAAUUAUCUUGUCAAUGAUAUAUCUUCUUGUUCUUCAAAACUUUUAAUAAAAUUUUCUGGAAAUUAAAUUACGAGAAAACGUGUCCAAGGUAAUUUUGUAUUUAUGAUUUGUGGGGUACAAUCUAUAUGUGUAUCAUGUAUAAAGAAAUUCCUGUGAUUUGAUGUCCAA